AUCACCAUGGCAACUGUGAGCCCGCAACGGAUUUCCAACUGUUUUCCAGAUAUUAGCAAAAAGCUUAAAAGAAGAUAAAACUGUUAUCCAGCGAUAUGUAAGUUAAUGUACAAGUUAAAAGAAAGAAGAUGACAGACAUAUUGUGCAAGUGGCUGAAUGAGGAGCUCCAGCUGUCAAAAGUUGUUGAGCCACAUACGUUUGCCAAGAGUUUCUCCAGUGGUUACCUAAUCGGAGAGGUUCUGCAUAAAUAUGAGUUGCAGAAAGAUUUCAGUUUGUUUCUAAAGAAAGACACCUCCAUUGCCAAAGUGAACAAUUUUACCCGACUUGAACCUACACUCCGGUUAUUGGGGAUCCCCUUCAACAUAAAUACAGCCCAGGAACUGAUGCAGGAGAAGCCGGGUGUUGCCACAAGCCUCCUUUAUGAACUCUUUGCCUCACUUAAAAAGAUGAAGGAAGCGAAAAUCAGCAGGACGAUGAUGGAAGUCAUGCAGCCUGCAGCCAUUGCUGCCCUGCACAAAAAAGAGCAUGAGAUCUACUGUCAUCGACUGCCUCGGGUGGUGGAACGUGAUUCAGACCUAAAGCUGCAGGAAAUCUGUCAGCACUAUAAUGAGAAAUGCCAGUCAUUAAACGACUGUCCGUCUGUGACCUCUCCCAUCCAGCAAAAGAGGCAAUUCAAAGUCCAGAAUGUUGAGGAGGUUCCCAAGCCACUUCCCUACACUUCGAAGCUUCAGCAGCAACGAGAAGCACAGGAAGCACAGAUGGUUCACACUGAAAUAGCCCGUUUUGAGGAAAACAGGAAGAAACUGGCUACUUGUGAUUUUGCUUCCUCUUCAAGUGGUCAUCCUUCAUCAGGAGAUCAGGGCCCUGACAUGUCUGGAAGUAGAUAUGAGAUGAUCUUACAGUCAAACACAGAGUAUUUCCAGGAUAUCCAACAGAGGCUGAAAGAGGAUGCUGCUGCUCGGGAGAAAAGAGUAGACAGAUUCCUGGUGGAGCAGUUCAAGGCUCAUCGAGCUCAGGAGGACGCACGCCGAGAUGAGCAGCUGCUGAAACGUGUGACACGACUGAGUCGGGAGGAGCAGCGCUUGGCAGCUGUGUUGCUUCAGAUGCGCAUGCAGAAGGAGGUGAUCCUGAAGAACCGCCUGUUUAGAGAGCAGCAGUACCAACAGCGCAGAGAGAAAGACAUCCAGGAAGCUCUGCAGAGGGAGGAGGCUUUGGCUCAGCAUGCUAGGUGGGAACGUGCUGAAUCGAUCAGAAAGGAGAUGGAACUCUGUAACAGGUUUGCUGCUGAGCGACGGCAGAUCAGAUACAGGAAGCACUUCGCAAGCUGCAAGGACAUUGUGGAGCAGAUAGUGGAUUUGGCCACCAAGGUCGGAGAAUAUCGACUGAUCACUGGGAAUUUGUUUCCAGAGAAAGAGAUGAGAGAGUGGAAGGAGUUGCUGUUCAGUGGUCUGCCUCUCUAUGAGUUUUCUACCCCACUCGACCCAGUAGAGCUAAAGAAGCAGGAGAUACUCAACAACCAGGACUAUGAUGAAUACACUGACAUGGUAGAUGAGUGGGCAUGGCCAGAGGAAGCAGCGGAGACCAAGUCACCCCUGACCAACAACAAUGUUCUUGGACAUGUUGUCACACGACUGAGGAACAUUGUUCAUCCACCCGUCAUGGAACCCUCCUCUUCUUCAUUUCCUCACUUCACCUUCAAGGCCUGUGUCCUUGGCAAGUUUUGCUCUGGCAAGACGACAUGCCUGGCCAAGUUUGCUGAAGCCCAUGGCAUCUAUGUCUUAUCAAUUGAGACACUGAUCAACGAGGCGGAGAAAGCUUACCAGAAUGAAGAGAAGUUCACAGAGCAUCAGGAAGAGGAAGACAAUGAGCAACUGCUCACAUCCUCCACGUCACUGAAGCCUGAUCUUGACACUCAAGAGGAAAGUGAAGGGAGUAAAGUAAGACUGUCUGCUCGGGCCAUGCAGGGAGCAGCUGUAGAAAAAGAGAUAAGAAAAGGCAACAUCAUCCCUAAUGAGCUGUUAGUGGACAUUAUAGUAGAGGCCAUCAGGCAGGUUCCAGCUCAGUCAGGUUGGAUCCUGGAUGGCUUUCCAGCAGACAUCAUCCAGGCCUACCUGCUAGAAGAAGCCCUGGGCGGGUCUGUGGAUGUAGGGAAUGACAUUGUAAAGAGCAGAACAAACCUUGCUGCUGAUCCAAAUCCACCGAAACCUCCUCCUCCGGCUCCUGUACUGGACCUGGCUCUGCUCCUGGAUAUCCCAGAUGAGUGUGUAGUCAGGCGUGCGUUCAGUCAUACGGAUAAAGAUCCCACAGAUAAGACCAUUUUUCUGGCACAGAUCCCAAGCAGGGUCACAGAUUUUCAGGAUAACUGGCCAAAACUUGCAGAAUGGUUUGGUGGAAAGCAGAACAUUUUGGUGCGUGUUGAUGCAGAUGUAGAUGAGGAAGAGCUUUACACAAGGGUGGAGUCUGUCCUGCUGCAAGCGAUGACACAAACACAGACGGCUCUCGCCACUCCUCCUGUUGAAAACCUUGUGUUAGACAGCGGGAAAGCUCCGAACUCCUCUUCUUCAGCUACACCUGUAGACCAACAUCCAGGUCUCACAGAUGAAGCCCCUGGCUCCACAGAGUCCCAUUCCUGCCUGACUGAAAAAAACCUCCAAAGUGCAAAGUCACUUUCCAAAUCCAACAUACAUUCCCCUCGAGGGCACUCAAGGAAGGGGUCUGCUUCACCUUGCCCAGGUUCAUCCAGCUGGGUCUAUGUGGACGAACCCCUUCCUCCAGGGAUCCCAGAGCUCCUGUGCUCCCAUUGGGAGGCAACGUGUGAUUCUUAUGUGAACAGUAUAAAGACAGUGAUGCUGCAGCUGCGCUCACAACGCACUUUCAUUAACCAUUACCUUUACAACAAAAGAGAGGACUACAAGCAUUACCUGUUACGUCCAGACUUGAAGCAGGAGUUAGUGUCUAAGUGGCAGAAGGACUUUAACAGCAUACCUGAUGAUAUAAGAGAAGACGAGGAAAGCAAACCAGAACUACAUCUGAGAAUGGAUGAACUGUGUGAACAACUGAGGGACAUUAGUGACAAGCGUAAAGAGGAGAACGAGCUGGAGAAAGCUGCUCUCAUGGGUCAAGGCUGGUUGGAGGGCCACAUUGCCACGCUCAUCAACCACCACUCGGUACUCAUGCAGGUGGAGAUGGACCGCUUUCAUGCCACACUCUGUAUUCUUAAGGUCUACUAUUCAAGCAUGCACAGUCGGGUGCUACCUGAGGUACCUUCUAAAUUUGUCCGUAUCCCUCUACUGAACAGCCAAGAAAUAAAGGAUCAGGAAAAAAGAUGUCCUGACUCCUCAGACAGCGUCAAGACGCAAGGCAAGGAUCAGACAGAACCUAUAGAGCCAUCCCACGAGAAACUGAUCUCAGACUAUGAAGGGGCAAUCACAGUCAUCAGCAAUUUGGUGUCAACAGAAACCCACCAAAAGAAGACAAAAGAGGAGCCGAAGAGCUUGCCAGUGAAUGAGGAGUCGAAGGCAACUUCAAGUGCAAAGACAAAACAAAAAGGAAAGCAGUCAACAAAAAAACAGACUGAUCCACCAGUCCCACCUCAGGCACCCACCCCUACACCGGCUGAUAACAAAAGAGAAGAGAAGAGUCACGAGCAAAAAGUGAAAAACAAAAUACAUAAAGAAUAUUCAGCUGCACUGGUUCACGAAGCAAAGAUGCGCAUUGCGCUCGUGAAAGGUCACGGUCUGGCGAUGGUGGACUCCCUGCAAAGCAGAGCUGAACAGACCUCAGACAGUAUGUGGAAGUGGUCAGAAGCAAACUAUCUUGCAGAAAUUAAGAGUAUUGACCAACUAUCAGAAGUGGUUCACCACCACAUACAGGCUGGUGAGAAGUUAAAGUAUGAGCUGGUGUUGGAAGGUACUGACUUCUACCUGAACGGAGACUGCCUCAUGGUGCCCAGCCUGCCUCCUCCUCCCCGUCCAACUUCUCUGGAGAAGCCCAUGGGGUCUACGCCCACCAUAACUCAGCUAGAGUCACUCCACAAACAGCUAUGCAUUGUUGCUCCAUCAGGCUUCAUAUCCAGUCCAGAGUUCUUUGAUUUGUUCAGGGAUAUCAUCUCUGUUAACUGGGCCAGAAACACAGUGCCUGAGAGUUGGAGCAAGUUGAAUGAAAUCCAGUUGAUGGAGAUUGUAUCUCUGCUUACUGAUGAGUAUGAGCUGAUAGACUGGCGUCAGUUUCUGCUCAGUGCUGCCCUCCCUUGGCCAUCUCCCUCCUUAAUGCAGCUGCUGGUUGUACUACAACAUUUCAAGGCAGCAGAUACUGGUGACACAGGAUACAUAAACGAGGAACAGUACCUACAGUCAGAGUUGUGGUUUUCCUGUGAGAGUGCCCAGCCUGUUCCUGAGGACCCCUCUGAGCCUCUGCCUUAUGACCGCCUGGUUAACCUACGCAGGUUCUUCUUCCAGUUGUUUGCAGACCACUCCUUCUCUCCUCCUCGUCUGGACUAUGUGUCCAUGUUGCAGUACUUUGCAGCUGACACCAGCCCCAAACAGGGCUUCAUCAGAGCCCUGAGUGUAGAGCUGGGACAACAUCUCAACCCCUUGUCACCUCUGGGACAGCUUGUCAAGUCUAUACCCGGUAUAGAGGAGUCAGCAGAGCUCAGCUCCUCAGAACUUGCAUCUAGCCGUUUCUUUGGAGACCAGAAAGUGUCCAUCCCUGCUCUUCUUGCUGUCCUCUGCCACAAAGCCACCAGGAUGAAAGAUGACUACCUUCCUCCGGGCUGCCUGAGUCAGGAGGAGCACACUGAGCAUCUGGUGCAUAUAUUCAGAGAGCUGGGCUACAAGCCUGAGGACUGCGUCCCCUUCACUGUUUUCUGUCAGCAUCCUUACACCGAGGGCCUGAUGGAGACAAAACACCACCAGCUUGUAAACAUUCAUAGGGUGCUACUGCCCAGGCAGGAUGAAGGAGAACUCAGAUUUAGGGAGAAGAGUCAGAAUGAAGGAGAAGAGUCAGGAUAAAGGAGAAGAGUCGGGAUAAAGGAGAAGAGUCAGGAUGAAGGAGAAGAGUCAGGAUGAAGGAGAAGUGUCAGGAUGAAGGACAAGAGUCAGGAUGAAGGAGAAGAGUCACGAUAAAGGAGUAGAGUCGGGAUGAAAGAGAAGUGUCAGGAUGAAGGAGAAGAGUCAGAAUAAAGGAGAAGUGUCAGGAUGAAGGAAAAGAGUGAGGAUGAAGGAGAAGAGUCAAGAUGAAGAAGAGUGAGGAUGAAGGAGAAGUGUCAGGA